CAAACCGCUGGUAAUGUUUUCUGACGGUACCGGGAGUGACGCACGGCCUCUAUCCCGACAAAAAUCUGCUCUGUCCACGCUGGUUGACUUCCGUGUUCUCGUGUUUGUCCGUGGAUCCGCUCUCAGUUGGCCAAGACACAAAGGAAAACGCAGCGGCAGGUUUCCAGCACCGAGGCGGCUUGAGCAGGACGGACUCCAUUAUGAUACUCGGCAUGGAGUGGACCAGGACUCCCGUCGUUUUGCUGUUAUGUUGGAUAGCACCCGUCACCGCCCACGUGUUGCCUCCGGCCAAUGUGACCCUGCAGUGUCACAACUUCAGGAAUGUGCUGUACUGGAACUACAGCCAGAUCUCACCAGAGCUCAGAUUCAGAGUCUUUGUGGGUGCACUAUCACGCCAUUAUGACCCAGUGUGGGUGGAUCCAUCCAAUCUCAGUGCUGACCUCUCAUUUCUCCACGAUCCCAAAGAUGACUACUUCAUCCACGUAUCUGCUGUGAUUGGGGAGAACGUGUCUGCUCGUGCCCCUCCUGGGGGUAUAAAGUUCAGCUAUUUCAUGCACUCUCCAUCAAAUCGCACAUGUUCUGUCGACCUUCCUCCGGUUAAUGUCACCGUCCACCCAGGUGGCAUUAAGUUCAGUUUCCAGCAUCCAUCGCUGCUUUACGAUCAGCUGUUGGACGAUCAGCCGUCGCCUACCAAGCCUGCCAGGCAGAGGAGAAGGCAGAAGAAUCACCGCAGCACACAGAUCAAGGAACUGACUGAAUUUAAGUACCAUGUUGUGACUGAUCCCAAGAAGGAGCAUUACCGGCAUGACUUCAGCUGCUUGGACAGUGUGUGUGAGGAGGAGCUUCCGCUGGAUGUGGAGCAGGAGACUUACUGUUUGAGAAUAAAUGGGCAUUGGGAGGGCGUAGAUGUUCGUGCCACACAGGAGUACUGCACCAAGGCACAAACCAGCAGCAACAAUUACAUCGCCCUCUACGUCGUUCUGCCCCUGCUGGCCUGUCUUGUGAUUGGUUUAAUUUUCUUCAUGGUGUUCCGAAAGCAGACGUCAAGCCUCUUUUCUUUGCCAGCCUCCAUGAAGUUGGGGAAGUUCAUGGGAAAGGCUGCAAUGACUCCAGAGCAGCCCCAGAUUUCUCAGGUGCAGGCCUCCUCACCUACGGGCACGCCUCUGCUGUCAUCUGAUAUUGGGGAUGAACCAGUACAGGGGGAAACACCUGUGGAUGACGACCUGCGCCUGCGCAUUGGGGUGCCGAAUCAGGAUGGAAGCACGUCUGGUGGUACAGGAGAAAGUUUAAAAGAAACGGAAGGCUCUGGGUACAUGUCGGGCGGAGGAUUGGACGGAGAUAAGGAGGAGAGGGAAGUGCCAUUCUGCAGUGAAAGUUAUGGAAACUCCUCGGGUUAUGAGCAGCGUGCAAGACUGGCUGAUAUUGACGUUGAGCUGGUGCCUGGAGAUAAGGUCAAGGGCUACCAAGGCUGAAACAUUUUGCUCUGAGGCCUCAGGCAUGCAUCUUUGAUUCACAGUCCCUGACAUUGUGCAUUCAGUAUGUUUUUGUUUGAACGCUGGAAGUACUUUUUUUAAAAAACACAUUUCCUUUUGUCACUUCUUGUUUAUGUUCAGUCACAUUCAUUCAGAUAUAUAAAAUGUAGAAAAGUCAAGACAACUUCACUGCCUGAUUAUUACAAACAGCUCCCAUCUAGUCCUUGGUAGCCUCUGCCAAUGUGGGAAUGUGUCAUUAACGUCCCACGUGUUCCUGGCCUGCCUGUACAUACACACACGUCCAAAAAUAUUAGCUCACUAACUACAAUCUAAAAGUAGCUACUUGAUUAUGCCAGUGAAAAAACUGUCCUGUAAGUUUCAGUGAAAAGUGAGUUAUUUUCUGAUGGGUGAACUUGAAUUUGGAGUGGGCCACCGCUACAUGGUCCCCAGGCUGCUUCGUAGUCAGGGUGGCGGUCCCUGGGACACAAUCAGUUGAAAAUCACUGCUCUACAGCAGAAUGAACUCUGGCGAAACGACUGUAAUCUGCAAUUGUUUGUUCUCCAAACUGUUUUUUAUGCUUAAGCAGUGAACUAAUAUUUACUGAAAGUCUUGGUCUUUGCCCAGUUGGUGUUGCACGGGACUUUAGAGCAAGUGGAACUGUGAGGAAUCUGUUGGCACGUGAGACAAGAGAAUCCGCCUUCUCAGGAUUUUGAGAAACGCCCUUGAGCAUGAUGCCUGGGCUUGGUUGCUUUGCUCGUAAUACUGUUCUUGUUGAGAGGGUGUGUCCGAAAAUUGAACUGUAGAAGAGUUUAAGAAGAUGGUGAUAUCCUUGACCUGCCUCUCUCAUACAGCAUCUAAUACACAGUAGAUCUGUAAGUCAUGUAAAGCAGCUUCUCUUACAGGAUGACUAUGCUUUAUAUCUUGUAAUGCUUACAGUGAUGUCAAUUAAGUGUCAUUCUAAUACAAUACAACAUAUACAACUGUUACUUAAACUGGUGAGCAAAGUAUUUACAGAGCAAUGGCAUUUCUCAUGUGCUGCUGCUGUAUAUUGUAAAUAUUGAAUAGUCUUGCAUAUUUGCACAUUUCUUUUUAAAAUCUGCAGAAAUCAGUGAUAAACAUUUUGUAGAAAUGCUUACACUGUAUUUGCACUUAAAAUGAUAGUUUGGAUUCUUACUCUUGUUGUGGUAUUUGCUGUAUGUGAGUGAAAUACAUCCACCAAAUUUGGUUCAUCAAGUCCUUCCCUGUUGCACGAAUGAGACUUGCACCGCUCCAGGCUGAAUGAAGUGGAUAUAGACCAGAAAACAACACCAUCUUAAGCAUCAGCACAAAUUUUUUUUGAGGGAUGCACCUCAACACACAUUUGUUUUGGAUUCACCAUCAAUGCUCUUUUCAGCCCCCUGGCUUCCAAGAUGGUGGAACUAUUUUCUGCCGCAGCACUGCCACUGGACCAUCAUCACACGGUGGCGAUGGAGUCCCACAUCCAACCUCCUGGGUGAUACAGCGGCAGUGCUACCGCAGAAAACUGAUCCGCCAUUUUGGAAAUGAGGGGAUUAGAAAGAGCAUUGAGUACUCCUGUUGAAGCCGUCGUUCUUAGUGGAAGUUAACGGACCAAACUUUGUGGAUGUGUCACAUUGGCAUGGAGCAGCAAAUACAACUGUAUAGGUAUGAGUCUUAACUUUAAUUCAAUGUGAUUGAUGAUGAUGAUGAUGAUGAUGAUUUUUUUUCUCAUAAAAACUAUAAUCAGUUGCCUUAUUGUCACACAGGUCAAUAUGAAAUCUGCAGGACUUCCUUAUUCAUAGUUAACACUGACCAGCUCACAAGAAAUCCUCUCAAGUGAGUUCAUGGUCUUACAGAUGUUACACAGGACAUGAAGCCUUUCCUGUUGUUGUACUCAUAAUCAACCAAUUAGCCAUUUUUUAUGCUUUUCAUUGUAAUUUACAUACUGUUAAUCAUAUUUAAUCAAGUGUCUGGUUCAAAUCCACCUGCGCAUGGUAACAAUAUGUAGAAAAAACUAUAUUAUAGACUUAAAGAUGGUUGCUCUGUAAUGGGUUGCGGUGCUUUUUUCUGAAAAAGGUUUUAGACCAGUUAUUCCAAAAAGGUAUAGGGAGUUGGUACAUCGCCGGUGCUAAUCACCAGUGAUGUACCAGUUCAGUCAUUCUUUAAGUCACCGGUCUUUCUGAAAGUGUCAAACAGCGCUGUCAGAGUAUCCCAUGUCUACUCCAUGGGAGUCAGUACAGUAUGUGGGUAUUGUUUUUGUUUAUUUGUAAUCCUGACAGAUCAGAGGAGGAUUAACCCCACAAUGCUGAGAAAGGUUACCUGAUGUUAGUUGAGUAAACAUUUCACAGAUACAGUCGAACAGGGAGGAUUUUGCAAUGACACUUGUUAAAUGUGUCACAGGGUUGAAGGGUGUUAUUUGGAGAUGUUCUGUUAUACAAACAGAAAGUCCAAAUAAUGUUGGAAAAGGCUGUGUACAACUUCAGCACAACCAACAGAAUCCCUUAUUGCCAAUUCUGUAAUUUAACGGUUUUAGUGGCUAUUUUUGUUUGUGGUUCAUGUUAGUGUUUUUUUUGUGUUUUGGUUUAUUUUGUAGUAGAACUAAUGUAAUUUAAAAAAAAAAAUGUCCUGCUGUGUGCUUAAAUAAAGAAUUUUGUGUAUUCA